UCAAUUCCUACUCUAUUUUGGCCCUGGAGUUUAUUCCUGACGCGACUCUCAACGCGUAUCGAGCCUGAGCCAGCUUAUCUCGUUGCUCAACGGCCAUGACUUCCACAGCUCCAUCUGACGGCACUGGUAUCAUCGAUCUUGAUCCGUGGUUAGAGCCUUUUCGGGAGGCUAUCAAGCGCCGAUUCGAUUAUGUUGAGAGCUGGAUCAAGACCGUUGAUGAGGUGGAGGGAGGUCUCGAUAAGUUCAGCAAGGGCUAUGAGAAAUUCGGCUUCAAUGUCAGCGAGACGGGCGACAUCACCUACAGGGAAUGGGCUCCAAACGCCAUAGAAGCGGCGCUGGUGGGUGACUUCAACAAUUGGGAUACCAAGGCGAAUCCAAUGACGAGAGACAACUUCGGUGUUUGGGAGAUUGCCCUUCCUGCGAAGAAUGGCACGCCGGUCAUACCGCAUGAUAGUAAGGUUAAGAUAACUAUGGUCACCCGCAGCGGAGAACGUAUAUAUCGUAUUCCCGCAUGGAUCAAGCGUGUUGUGCAAGAUCUGAAUGUAUCGCCUAUCUACGAAUCUGUCUUUUGGAACCCACCAAAGGCAGAGCGGUAUAACUUUCAGCAUGCGCGCCCUAAGAAACCCGAAAGCCUACGGAUCUAUGAAGCUCACGUCGGUAUCUCGUCCCCGGAUACCAGAGUAGCAACAUACAAGGAGUUCACAGCCAACAUGCUCCCUCGGAUUAAGUACCUAGGCUACAACGCAAUCCAGCUCAUGGCCAUUAUGGAACAUGCCUACUAUGCCAGCUUCGGGUACCAGGUUAACAAUUUCUUCGCAGCGAGUAGUCGCUACGGUAAGCCCGAGGAUCUGAAGGAACUGGUUGACACGGCACAUAGUAUGGGCUUGGUAGUUCUCCUCGACGUGGUGCACAGCCACGCAUCGAAGAACGUCGAUGACGGACUGAACAUGUUUGAUGGCAGUGACCAUUUAUAUUUCCAUUCCGGGUCAAAAGGUCAGCACGAGCUAUGGGACAGCCGACUGUUUAACUACGGAAACCAUGAAGUUCUGCGGUUCCUCCUUAGCAAUCUUCGCUUUUGGAUGGAGGAAUACGGCUUUGACGGUUUUCGAUUUGAUGGUGUCACCAGCAUGUUAUAUACCCAUCACGGUAUUGGGACUGGCUUUUCAGGCGGAUACCACGAAUACUUCGGUCCAGCAGUUGACGACGAUGGCGUUAUGUACCUAGCCCUAGCAAACGAAAUGCUGCACCGUCUUUACCCAGAUUGCAUAACCGUGGCAGAGGAUGUUUCGGGAAUGCCAGCGUUAUGCCUACCACACGGCCUUGGUGGAGUCGGAUUCGACUAUCGUCUCGCGAUGGCCAUUCCAGAUAUGUAUAUCAAGCUUCUAAAAGAGAAGUCAGACAACGAUUGGGACAUUGGCAAUCUCGCCUUCACGUUGACAAACCGACGCCAUGGCGAGAAGACCAUUGCAUACGCAGAAAGCCACGACCAAGCUCUCGUCGGCGACAAAUCUCUCAUGAUGUGGCUCUGCGAUAAAGAAAUGUACACACACAUGUCCGUCCUGACAGAGUUCACCCCCGUCAUCGAACGCGGCAUGGCACUCCACAAAAUGAUCCGGCUUGUCACACACGCCCUUGGUGGCGAAGGCUACCUCAAUUUCGAAGGUAACGAAUUCGGGCACCCCGAAUGGCUCGACUUUCCCCGCGCCGGCAACAACAACUCCUUCUGGUACGCACGUCGCCAACUAAACCUGACCGAAGAUCACCUUCUACGCUACAGAUUCCUUAACGAGUUCGACCGCGCCAUGCAGUUGACAGAAUCCAAGUACGGCUGGCUCCAUGCGCCCCAGGCUUAUAUUUCUCUCAAGCACGAAGGAGAUAAAGUGCUUGUCUUUGAGCGGGCGGAUUUGCUAUGGAUUUUCAAUUUCCAUCCUACGGAGAGUUUUACCGAUUAUAGGGUCGGUGUAGAACAAGCUGGGACUUAUCGGGUUGUGCUUGACACUGAUGACCAGGCGUUUGGGGGCUUGGGAAGGAUCGAUCAGGGGACUAGAUUCUUUACAACCGAUAUGGAAUGGAAUGGGAGGAGGAAUUACUUGCAGGUUUAUAUUCCGACUAGGACUGCUCUGGCCCUAGCAUUGGAAGAGACGCUGUAAUACUCCACUCCGGAGCUUUUACGUGCGAAUAUAUUCGCUAUUAAGAUACUCUUUCUCGAAAACUAACGCCAGACCAAACUAUAUAUCUAUAUGUACCGACCAUAUAUCCGUAUCCUAGCAUGUUGAGAUAGUUCAUAGCAUAAUUUAAUCUUUGUUAACCGCG